GAAGAAGAAAAAUGGUGAGAGCAUUAUUCAGUGCUUGGCGUGGUAGUAGGGUGGUAUGUAUUUUAAGAUGUGAGCGGUUAAAAGAGCAUUCUUCCCCUCUGUAGUGUUCGCAAUGAUUAUAAACCUCCAUUCACAUAAACCUCAAAUCUGGAAACAAAAGCUUUGCGGUUUUCUACUUCAUUUCUGAAUCCCUUUUUGAAUUCGGGGUCUAAAAAUUUGUUUAAUCGGAGGUAAGCAUUUGGAGUUUUGAUUCAUUUUGUAAAAUAUUCGUUGAUAGCAUCGGAAUUUCCAUGGAGAAGUAGAGAAUUUGGUAGUCUCUUUAAGUGUAGUUCGAACUCGAUAAAGUGGGCAAUCAGGGGUGGGUUUUGAGUUUCCGGGUUUUGUUUUUAGUAGAGUGUAGGGUUAUGGAUGACCUGGAAAAGGCGAUUUUAAUUAGUUUUGAUGAAUCUGGUGCGGUUGAUUCAGUGCUGAAAUCGCAGGCUGUUGCUUUCGUUCAGCAAAUUAAGGAGACACCAUCCGUCUGCAGCAUAUGCAUUGAGAAGUUGUGUUUUUGUAAGCUAGUUCAGGUUCAGUUUUGGUGUUUGCAGUGCCUCCACGAGGUUCUUCGUGCUAAGUAUUUGUCUUUGAUGCCGGAGGAGAAGUCUUUCAUUAGGAAAUCAGUGUUUGGGAUGGCUUGUUAUGAGUCUGUGAAUGCUAAUGAUACUAACUGGGUGAAGCUAUUGGAUGGCCCGGCAUUUAUAAAGAACAAGCUUGCGCAGGUUGUGGUGACUUUGAUUUACUUUGAGUAUCCGUUGAUUUGGCCAUCUGUGUUUGUUGAUUUCUUGCCAAAUUUAAGUAAAGGAGCUGUGGUGAUUGAUAUGUUUUCUCGGGUGUUGAAUGCUCUGGAUGAUGAAUUAAUUAGCUUGGAUUAUCCACGUACUGGGGACGAGCUUGCUGUUGCGGGGCGAAUUAAGGAUGCUAUGAGGGGUCAGUGUGUGCCACAGAUUGUUGGGGCCUGGUAUGACAUUGUUCUGAUGUAUAGGAAUUCCGAUCCUGAGUUGUGUGCCAGUGUUUUAGAUUCUAUGAGGAGGUACAUUUCAUGGAUUGACAUUGGGUUGAUUGUCAAUGAUGCUUUCACUCAAUUGUUGUUUGAACUAAUGCUGGUUGAUGGCUUACCCGAUCAGCUACGUGCUGCUGCUGCCGGUGUUGUUCUCGCAGUAGUUUCAAAAAGGAUGGAUCCAAAACCAAAGCUUGCUCUGCUGCAAAGCCUUCAUAUGAACAGGCUUUUUAGGCUGGUUGCCAGGGAUGGCGACUCCGAGUUAGUUUCCAGUGUGGCUUCUUUGCUUACUGGGUACGCUACUGAAGUGUUGGAAUGUGCCAAUAGUUUGAGCUUGGAAGACGGUAAGGGAGUUUCCGGAGAACUCCUGAAUGAGGUUCUGCCCUCAGUUUUUUAUGUCAUGCAAAACUGUGAAGUUGAUUCAGCAUUCAGCAUUGUGCAGUUUCUUUCAGUUUAUGUUGGCACAAUGAAGGGCCUUCCCACAUUGACGGAGACACAACUGCUUCAUGUUGGCCACAUAUUGGAGGUGAUCCGUGCACAUAUUCAGUUUGAUCCCAUGUACCGCAGCAAUCUUGACGUGUUGGACAAGAUUGGGAGGGAAGAAGAAGACAGAAUGGUGGAGUUUAGGAAGGAUUUAUUUGUAUUACUCCGCAAUAUUGGUCGUGUUGCGCCAGAUGUGACUCAGAUGUUUAUCAGAAACUCCUUGGCUAGUGCUGUUUCCUCGUCAGAGGAUAGAAAUGUUGAAGAAGUUGAAGCUGCUCUUUCCUUGUUUUAUGAGCUUGGGGAAUCAUUAAGUGAUGAUGCUAUGAGAAAUGGUAGUAGUCUACUGGGAGAAUUGGUUCCAAUGCUUUUAUCAACUAAAUUUCCUUGUCACUCCAACAGACUUGUUGCACUUGUGUACUUGGAUGCAAUAAACAGAUACAUGAAGUUUGUGUUGGAGAAUACUCAAUAUAUUCCAAUGGCCUUAUGUGCCUUUCUUGAUGAGAGAGGUAUACACCAUCCAAAUGCCAAUGUGAGUCGACGGGCAAGUUAUCUUUUCAUGAGGGGUGUGAAAUUGCUCAAAGCAAAGCUUGUGCCGUAUAUUGAGACAAUCUUGCAGAGUCUACAGGAUACAGUUGCCCAAUUUACAAAGAUGGACAGUGUCUCGAAGGAACUUUCUGGAUCUGAAGAUGGAAGUCACGUUUUUGAGGCAAUUGGAUUGUUAAUCGGGAUGGAAGAUGUACCCCUUGAGAAGCAAUCUGAUUAUCUUUCUGCGCUGCUCACUCCACUGUGUCAGCAGGUUGAGGUGGCCCUCUUAAAUGCCAAAUCUCAGAAUCCUGAAGGAUCUCUUGCACACAUUGGAAAUAUUCAGCAAAUAAUUGUGGCCAUUAAUGCCCUUAGCAAGGGCUUCAGCCAGAAGCUUGUAACCACCAGUCGUCCUGCAAUAGGUCUCAUGUUCAAACAGACUUUAGACAUUCUCCUGGAAAUACUUGUUGUCUUCCCGAGGGUAGAAUCCCUGCGGUGUAAGGUCACUUCUUUCAUUCAUCGUAUGGUGGAAACUUUAGGAACUUCUGUUUUUCCAUAUCUUCCAAAGGCACUGGAGCAUUUGCUAACAGAAAGUGAGCCAAAGGAACUGGUGGGAUUCCUGUUACUGCUUAAUCAGCUCAUCUGCAAAUUCGGUGUUGGGGUCCAUGACAUAUUGGAAGAAGUAUACCCUGUCAUUGCUAAUAGGGUGUUUAAUAUUCUUCCGAAGAAUGAUAUUCUAUCAGGACCUGGCAGCUGUACUGAGGAAAUCCGUGAACUGCAAGAGCUUCAGAGAACAUUCUUUACAUUUCUAAAUGUCAUUGCAACACACAAUCUGUCGUCGGUUUUCCUAUCCCCCAAAAGUAGUGGAUGCUUGGAAUUGAUGAUGCAGUUCCUAUUACAUGCUUGUUGUAAUCAUAAGGAUAUCCUUAUCAGGAAGGCAUGUGUUCAGAUAUUUGUUCGGCUAAUCAAAGACUGGUGUACUGAUCCUAAUGGCGAAGAAAAGGUACCCGGUUUCCGGAGCUUCAUAGUUGAAGCAUUUGCAACAAAUUGUUGUCUGUUCAGUGUGCUUGACAAGUCCUUUGAGUUUCGUGAUGCAAAUACUCUGGUCUUGUUUGGUGAAAUAGUAAUGGCUCAAAAGGUCAUGUAUGAGAAAUUUGGCAAUUUUUUUCUCCUUCACUUUGUAUCAAAAGGUUUUCCCAACAUUCAUUGCCCUCAGGACUUGGCAGAGCAAUAUUGCCAAAAGCUGCAGGAAAACGACAUUAAAGCGCUGAAAUCCUUUUACCAGUCUCUCAUUGAAAAGUUAAGGCUUCAACAAAAUGGCAGCUUGGUUUUCAGAUAAUAAUGUGACAACAUACUUGUUGAUCCCCAAUGUUGCUACUAGUGCUGUUCCGGAAUUUCGUCAAAAGGGGUCUUUCAUGUACAUAAAAUUUGUCUGUUAGCUUAUCACUCACAGCGAGGUACGGGCGCAAACAGGUCUGCAUGGGAUAUGUUUUGUAGAAUCCUGAACGGUUGUCCUUGGUCAAGUGGCAAAUUUUCUUUUCAUUCCCUUGCCAUGGCAGAUGUAAAUUUGUGAUUUAUUCUCUCUCCAUAUUGUUCUUGUUCUAUUUUGCCAUAUGUACUUAAAAAAGGGCUUCUCUUUUUUCAAUUUUCCCUUUUCCUUUUUAAUACAACUUUCUUCUCCUUUGCUCCAUAUUUGCUUUUCUUUUCUUUCUUUUGUUGUUUCCUGGAGCAGUUUUGUUGUGUUGGAUACUGGAAGUGAGUUUCUCCUUGCUUAUGAGGUUCUGGAGCUUCAAAUGUGGUGUGUUGUACUUUAUCUUUCUAUUAAUCUCACUAUAUUCAUUUA